AGAGGGGAGGAGACGGAGAGGUCCGGCCCACACUCAGUCCUCCACAGGAGAAGGUCUGGGGAUGUGUGUCACUUUGCCAUGAUUCUCUCUGGAGUCGUGAGCACCCCAGUGUCCCUCAACAGGGCUUCCUCUCUUGCUUGACGGCUCUGCUGGUCUCAUUUCCCUGAGGAAAUCGGGCCAUGGCUUGGAUCCUGCUUCUGCUGCUGCCUGUAGCCUGUCUGCAAGCUGGGAACUCAGCAGGACACAGCAGAGAAACUGGCUUUGGGGUCAUCCAACUAGCAAACCUGUCUGGUGUCCAGGGCGGCUCCAUCGAGAUCCCCUUCUCCUUCUACUUCUCCUGGGAGUUGGCAGAGGACCCGCAGAUGAAGAUAACCUGGAGAUGGAAGCACUUCCAUGGGGAAUUUAUCUACAACUCCACCCCGUCUUUCAAACAUGAGCAUUUCAAGGACAGGCUCGUCCUGACCUGGAUACAGGGUCGGACAUCCGGGGCCCUCAGAAUCCUGAACUUGAAGGAGAACGACCAGGCCACGUACUUCUGCCGAGUUUCUCUGCAAACGACAGAAGGCAUGAAGAUAGUUCAGUCGAUUAAAGGGACCCAACUCACCAUCUUUCCCACAGGCAGCACCACCACGAGGAGCCCCUCCAUGGUCACCUCUGCAAUGAACACAGCUGGGAUCAAGGACACAGAAUGCCACAGGAGUGCAUCACUUGUGAACCUGGGAGCCAUGGUCGGGGUGGCGGUGGCCACAGCUGUGCUCAUAACCCCUGUCUACGUAUUGAUGUUCAUCCUCUGGUGGAAGAAAAGGCCAGCUGACUAAAGCCUCAACCCCAGCCAAGUGAGCACCUGUCCUCCCAGAAACAGCUGAGGGGCUGGAUGGGAGGGUUAGUAUGAGACCCAAUGCAAGGGAGCCAGAGAGAUGAUCUAGUCAGAAAAGCAUUGCACACAGGCAAAAGGACCUGAGUUUGAUAUUUAGCGCCCACAGUAUAAGCCAGAGAUGUGGCAGGAAUGUGUAAUCCCAGCCCUGGACAAGCAGGACACAGGCAGAGCCAUGGGGCUGGCUGCCCAGCUGCUCUGGCCUAACUGCUGAGUUCCAGGCAAUGAGAGGCCAUGUCUUUAAAAACAAGGUGGGUUGCUCUAGGUGAUACACCAUGGUCAUAAUGCUUUUCUGACUUUAUUUUAAAUUGUGUAUUUUAAAUUACAUGUUAACCUGCAAAUUUUGUGUGGGCCAGUGAGACAGCUUAGUGGGAAAAGGAGCCUGCUGCCAAGCCCAGUGACCUGGGUUUGAUUCCUGGAGACCCAAAUGAUAUGAAGAGAAAACUGACUGUGGAAAACUGUCCUCUCCCUCUCAGGUCACCCACAGGUACCUGGUGACACAAUGUCUGUU